AUGGCCACGACAUGGCUCGAGAGCGCCGACCUCGUGGCCAAGAUCCACGCCAUCAAGGCCGCCAAUGUCUCGGACGCCAACAUGUGGAACCCCGAGACGGCCCCGCCCUCCGUGGCCUCGCGGCUCGCGGCCUUGUCCCUGAAUUGGGCCGACCUCGGCAACGCCGACAAGCAAGCUUUGCUCUGGGACAUGGGCUUGGUGCGCACAACGACCGCCGAGAACAACCAAGUUACGCAAGUCUACACCAAGUGCAGCGACAGCGGCGGCGGCGACAGCAUGGCGACGAUUGCGCUCUCCAAAGCAGCGUUUCUGCAGUCGCAGGCCGACGCGACGGUCCGCACGUGCACGUCGUCGACCAUCAACACGACGUACGUCCGCCAGGAAAACUCGAACGGCGGCAAGCUCGCGCCCUAUACCAAGUGCAUGAUUGCCAACGUGACGGGCGUCGCCGACAGCCACAGCAGCAUGUGGGCGCAGGACGGCCAGGGCCUCAGCACAUACCCGGUCCCCAACAUUAUGCGCCACGCGUGGUCCGCCAGUGACUCGUGGCUCAUUUAUGCGAUCCACACGCAGACCGCUGGCGACGAGAUCGGUUUUGGCUUUUGCGGGCCGUCGAGUACACCCGGUGGGCUCACCAUCCCGUGCCAAGUGUUUGACGGUAGCGGGCCGCCGCAAGGGUGGUGCCUCCCGACGCCGUCGGCUAGGAUGACGCAGUCGCUUGCCCGGAUUGCCCUUGCCAAGCCGUCGACGUCCAUGCCAGCACCCACGCUAGCACCCACCGACGGCAGUAGCAACCAUACCGUGCUCAUUGUCUGUCUUGUCGCUGGCGCCAUACUCGUGGCUCUCGGUGCCUGGUGCUGCAUCCGGCGGCGGCGCAAGCCAACCACUACCCACGGCGACUUUACUGCCUACCGGUCCAACCCGCCGCGCGGUGCGACAAGCUCGCCGCCGACGUCGUACCAGCCGAUCACGACGGCGUCGCACACGCUCAACGAGUUUCAGCGCGACCCGUCGCUGAGUCAGAAGCGGCUGCCGUACUCGUCCGUCGUCUGCUCCCGGCUUCUCUCGAAAGGCGCGUUCGGCGAGGUCUGGCUCGGCUCGUUCAACGGCCAAGUCGUCGCCGUGAAGCGCCUUCUCGACUCGAAGCGCACGUCCGAGGCCGAGAUUGAGGCGUUCGCCGACGAGAUUCGGCUCAUGGCGUCCUUUACCCACCCCAACAUUGUGCGCUUUGUUGGCUUUGCGUGGGACUCGCUCCAGAACCUCUGCGCAGUCACCGAGUACAUGCCCCAGGGCGACCUCCACACGUAUCUGCAGUCGCACUUGCAGCUCCAGUGGCGGCGCCACGAAAAGAUCAAGAUCGCGCUCGGCAUCGCCCACGCCCUUGCCUACCUGCACAGUCUCUCGCCCGCCAUCAUCCACCGCGACCUCAAGAGCAAGAACGUACUCAUGGCCGCGGGCUGCGAGGCCAAAUUGAGCGACUUUGGCAUCUCGCGCGAACGCACGCUGGACGAGACGAUGACGGCGGGCGUCGGCACGAUCUUUUGGACGGCGCCCGAGGUGCUCUUGGGCGAGCACUACUCGGAGAUGGCCGACAUUUACUCGUUUGGCGUCGUGCUCUGCGAGAUUGACACACGGGAAGCCCCGUACCCGAAUAUGAAGGCCGUGCCCCAGGUCACGAUGGUGCACCGCAUCACGAACGAAGGCCUUCGCCCGGCGUUUUCAGAGGCAUGUCCGGCGCAGCUCCAGACCAUUGCUAGCCGCUGCCUCGACGCUGACCCGACCAUGCGACCGAGCGCGAGAGAGCUCGUUACGAUCUUGUCGGAGUGGCGAUAG